AUGCCACCUCCAAAGUCCGGAAAGAAGGCUGCCCCAGCCCCAUUCCCCCAGUCGAAAGCUGGUGCGGGAUCCAAGAAGGCCCCAAAGAACCCUCUCAUUGAGAAGCGCACACGCAACUAUGGCAUCGGUCAAGACAUCCAGCCACGACGAAACCUGUCCCGCAUGGUGAAGUGGCCCGAGUAUGUCCGUCUACAACGCCAAAAGAAGAUCUUGAACCUCCGUCUCAAGGUCCCACCUGCGAUUGCCCAGUUCCAGAAUGUCCUCGACCGCAACACCGCCGCCCAGGCCUUCAAACUUCUCAACAAAUACCGUCCAGAAAGCAAGGCUGAGAAGAAGGAGCGUCUCGUCAAGGAGGCCACCGCCAUCAAGGAGGGAAAGAAGAAGGAGGAUGUUUCCAAGAAGCCAUACGCCGUCAAGUACGGUCUCAACCACGUUGUCGGUCUCAUCGAGAACAAGAAGGCUGCUUUGGUUCUGAUUCCAAAUGACGUCGACCCAAUUGAGUUGGUUAUCUUCCUCCCAGCUCUCUGCAAGAAGAUGGGUGUUCCAUAUGCCAUUAUCAAGGGUAAGGCUAGACUCGGCACGGUCGUUCACAAGAAGACUGCUGCUGUUCUUGCUCUUUCAGAGGUCCGAUCUGAGGACAAGAGCGAACUUUCAAAAUUGGUUUCCGCCAUCAAGGACGGUUACACCGACAAGUACGAGGAGGCCAAGAGACACUGGGGUGGUGGUAUUAUGGGUGCUAAGGCCAACGCCCGUACUGAGAAGAAGCGCAAGGCCAUUGAGAGUGCUAUCAAGAUCUAG